GCAUUUUAAAAUCAGGAAAUUUAUUUCACAUCCACUCACUCAAAAAUCAGGAUUUUCAGCAUCUCUUGGAAAAUCAGAAGAUGUGGCCAGACAGGGCCCGCGUGCCUGCGUGGUGCAAUUAGCAGGAACUGAGCAGCUGCUCCCUUUAGACUCAGUAUAAAAUGUUCAGAUCCCCAGUGCCUACUAAUUGUCUUCCUGACACCAAAGCCAAGUGUCCGUUGUCCUUUGUCACGUAGUUGCUUCACUCAUCCUGAUUAACUACCUGGCCUCUUGCUGCAGGUGACCUUGAUGCAGAUGAAGGACAGUAGGAAGGACAUCACAAGUACAGGAGUCAUGGGCAAAGGGGCGAAAUGGAAGAAGCCUGGUACACGGGAACGUUAGGGGGGAUAUGAGAGCACAGGUUUGCUCUUAGGUGAAUCACAGAGUAGGGCAGUUAUGCGUUGAUCUGUGUCCCCCAGAAAAGGAGAUGUGGAGGUCUUAGUCCCCAGUACUUCAGAAUGUGAACUUAUUUGGGAAUAGGGUCAUCGGAGGUGCAACUCGGUGGGAUGGGGUCAUACUGGAGUAGAAUGGGCCCCUAAUUCAGUGUGACUGGUGUCCUAAGAAGAUGGCCCAGUGAAGAGACAGAGACAGGGAGAAUGCCAUGUGAAGAUGGAGGCAGAGACUACAGUAAGGCAUCUACCAGGCAAGGAACACGAGGAUUGCCAGCUGUCACCAGAAGCUAGGAGCGAGGCUUGAACAGGUGUCCCCAGGAGCCUGCAGAAGGAAGCCACCCAGCCAGCACCUUCAUUGCAGACGUCUAACCUCCAGAACUGUGAGAGAAUAAACUUCUGUUGUUUUAAGUCACCCAGCUUGUGGUUCUUUGUCAUGGCAGCCCUGGGUAUAGUACAGCUCUGUACGUCAUAAAGAAGCUAUUUCCUUUAAAAGGUGAUGGAAAGGUAAUGGUAGAUUUUUUUAUCAUUGGUGUCAGUGAAGGCAGCACGUUAGAAAACUAUUUCAUUUGACAGUGUUAGCAGGGUUGACUGGAGCCGGAAAACAUGUUUAGAGGUUUUACGAGAAUCCAAGCAUGGGGUGAGAAGGUUCAGGGUGAAAGUGGAGUUGGAAGUUUUCAGGGCUAGGUGGUAGGUAUGGAUACAGGGGAUAGAGAGGGAGGAGUCCAAGAUGACUAGAGCAGCGCUUCUCAAACUGGAGCAAAGCUGAGACUCACCUGGAGAGCCGGGGAAGCCGACUGCAGGCCACCCUCCCCCCCAACUCUGUCUCACUAAGGCUGGGUGGUGCUUGAGAAUUUGCAUUUUACCAAACUCCUGAGUAAGGCUAAUGUUACUGGUGUGUGAUCGCAUGUUAGUAAACUGCUGCUUUUCUGGCUUAGAAACCCCUAGAAUACAAGCCCCAUGAAGGCAAGGACUAUGUCUUCUUCACCAGAGUAUCCCAGGGCCUAGAACAGUGCCUGGACACUGCAGGCUUACGUUAAAAAUUUGUUCAAUGAAGUUGGUCAUUUGGGCAGAAAUAGAUAGUAAGAAGGGGAAAUACGUUUAGAAGCAAAAUGAUGAGUUCAUUUUUAUGCAUUUGAUUCAUCUUAACUGUCAGGAGGACAUUGGGCUGGAGACGCAUUGUGAAUGUAGACUACACUGUAGGUGAGGAAUAGGAGUCCUGGGUUUAUGAUUCAUUCUGGACCAAGGUGAUCACUGAAGCAGCGGCGAUAUGGUCAUUGAGCUACUGAGUGUAAAGGGAGAGGACUAGGGGCUGAGCCGUAGUAACACCAACGUUUAGUGGAAGGAAAAGCUGAAAAGGUAAAGACAGUAGAAAAGUAGAGUGGGUGUGGAAUAUCAUGCAUUAAUGGAAGCCAAGGGAGAAAAGAAUUUCAGAGAUUAUUCAGUCAAGGGAAAGAGGCAAGAAAGUUGGCCUAUUAUUCAUUCGUUCAGCAGUUUUCAGUUGAGCACGCACUGUGGUCCAGUGCUGUUCCAACUGUUCCAACCCUGCACAGCACAAAAACCCCCCAGCCCCACGGAGCUUACACUCUCGAGAGGCUUACACUGGACUUUCUAUACAUGGGGAUGGGGGGAGGUUGAUGUGUACAAUAACACUGGAAUAAGUGGUAUUAUCUCUAUUUUACAUGUGGGGAAAUGAUGGUUGAGGGAGAUUAUGAAGCUAAGAUUCUAACUUGGUCCCACUUGCUUCCAAAGUUGUGUUGUGUUCAGGACUCUAAGCUGCCUCCAAGCUGUAAUAACCAGUGUCACGUUUCUGCUUUAGAUACUGCUGAUGUACUGAUUAUUCCAAAAUCUGGGUGUCCAUUCUGGAUUUUCCUCCUGGGUUCCUGACCCGUUGACCCAUCAGCUUCCCGGACAGUCCCUCCUGGAUGCCCCACAGGGGUUCCCCACUGCCUUCAGGAGAAAGUCCAAGCUUCCUAGCCUGGUGUACAAGGCCCUCCGUGACUUGACUGCUGCGUCCCCGGCUUCAUCGUUUACUGGCUGGUACCCUGGACUUCAGUCAUGUGGUGCAUCCCUGAGCACAUCAUAGCAUCUCUCAUCUCCUGACCUUUGAAUUCAAGAUGCUGCAGGAUGUGGCUGUGAAUGAACCACAAGAGGAUGCUAAGCACCAGGUCUAUACUCAGUGGAAUUUCUGCAAGGAAGAGAUGUUGGAGGAGACAGAGCUGGUCUCACCAGAUUCUGAGACCAAGAAUAAUAUGAAAGAUUGGAAGUCAAAGAUGGAAAUUUCUGAAGAAAAAGAUUCAGCAGGGGCUGUAUCAGAAAGACUCCAAAGACAGCUCUCCCAGGAAUGUGGGUUAGUCAAAACCGGUAAUCCUGAGGACAGAGUAGUGAGGUGUUGGGUAAGUCCCUUAGAGGAUGCAGUGGGACAUCUCCCUUCUGAAGGGAGAGGUUUCAGGGAAGUGAAUCUGAUCCCCAAGAAAGCCAUGGCAGGAGAGAGAGGCCAUGGAUGUAAGGAAAGAGAAAAAAUACUUUCUGCAGGAGAAAGAUCCCACAGAUAUGAAGUCUGUGGCCAGAGCUUCAAACAGAAGUCAGAAGUAACUGAACAUCAGAAAAUAGACAAUAUGAAGAAAGCCUAUGAAUGUAAGGAAUGUGGAAAAACUUUCAGUCGGAGCUCAAACCUGAUUAUACAUCAGAGAAUUCAUACAGGAAAGAAACCAUAUGUAUGCAGUGAAUGUGGAAAAGACUUUAAUCAAAGUUCAAAUCUUAUUAUACACCAGAGAAUUCACACAGGAAAGAAACCUUAUAUAUGUCAUGAAUGUGGAAAAGACUUCAACCAGAGCUCUAACCUGGUUCGACAUAAGAGAAUUCAUAACGGCGAGAAUCCCUAUGAAUGUAAAGAAUGUGGGAAGGCCUUCAAGGGAAGCUCAAACCUUGUCCUGCACCAGCGAAUUCAUAGCGGGGGGAAGCCAUAUGUAUGUAAUGAAUGUGGGAAGACCUUCAAUCAAAGCUCAGAUCUUAUUAUCCAUCACAGAAUUCACACUGGAGAGAAACCCUAUGAGUGUUAUGAAUGUGGACAGACCUUCAGUCAAAGUUCACACCUUGUCACACACCAGAGAAUUCAUACUGGAGAGAAACCCUUCAAGUGUAGUGACUGUGAGAAGGCCUUCAGGCAGCGUUCACACCUCACUGAGCACCAGAGACUCCACAGCGGGGAGAAACCCUAUGCGUGUCGCGAAUGUGGGAAAUCCUUCAGAGGGCACACGGCCCUUCUUAAACAUCAGAGACUACAUACUGGAAAGGAACUUGAAUGUGAAAGAGCCUGCACAUCUGACACGGACCUUAUCCAACAACAGAGAAUUCAUAGGGAAGAAAAACCUUAUGAAUGUACUGAGUGUGGGAAAACUUUCCGGGGAAGUUCUGAUCUAAUUCGGCAUUGGGUAACUCACACUGGGGAGAAACCCUACGAAUGCAGUGAAUGUGGGAAAGCUUUUAGCCAGAGGUCGCACCUUGUCACCCACCAGAAAAUUCACACUGGAGAGAAACCCUAUCAGUGCGAUGAAUGUAGGAAAGCCUUCUGGCAGCGUGCGCUCCUUAUCCGGCAUCACAGAACUCACAGUGGUGAGAAGCCCUACGCGUGUAGGGAAUAUGGAAAAUCCUUCAUCUGGCACACGGCUUUUCUCAAACAUCAGAGACUUCAUGCUGGAGAGAAACUUGAGGAAUGUGAGAAAACAUUCAGCAAGAAUGAGUUGCUUAGAGAAGAGCAGAGAAUUCGGCAAGAAGAGAAAGCUUAUCAGCGCAGCCAGUGUGGUAGAACUUUUCAAGGCAGCUCAGACCUCACCCGACAUCAGGUAACCCAUACAGAAGAGAAACCCUACGGAUGUAAAGAAUGUGGGAAAACUUUCAGUCAGAGCUCAGACCUUAUGAGACAUCACAGAAUUCAUAGUGGAGAAAAGCCUUAUGUAUGCAGUAAAUGUGGGAAAUCUUUCAGGGACAGCUCAGAUCUUAUUAAGCACCACUGUGUUCACACUGGAGAGAAGCCCUACAAAUGUCCUGAAUGUGGGAAGGCCUUCAGUCAGAACUCACACCUUGUUAGUCACCAGAGAAUUCACACUGGAGAGAAACCCUUUGAACGUAGCAACUGUGGGAAAGCCUUCAGUGGAUGCACAGCUUUUCUUAAACAUCAGAAACUUCAUACUGAAAAAGAGCCCGGGGAACAUCAGACAGUCUUCAAACAGGACUUACUCUAAGAGGCAACAGAAACCUAAUAAAUGUAGGAAAGCCUGAUGGAGACCACAUCUUAUUGCACUAUGAAGGGUUUUUAUUGCUGAAAACCAUUUGAAGGUCGAAGACAUUAGAAGAGCCUACUGGAUGGAAAACACGUAAGUGUCAUCAGGUGGAAAAGCUCUUGGACAUAGUAGCCUUUUUUCUGCCUCAUGGUGUAUGGUCCCCAAGAUAGAGUUACUUGGGAAUGCUUUAGGGGCUGUCCAUCACUGUUAAAAUCAUUAGACAUCACUUUGCCAACAACCCCCAAACCAAAUUCUUCAUGGAAGGAGCCAUUUCAGUCUUGACUAGGUACCUAGUCCAGUGACAAGUAUAAAUCUGCUUUAAGUACUUUAGGGUGAUUAAAUCUUUCUCUGGGAUGAAUUCUUCCCCUUAAAUAUGUAUUUUAUAUAUAUAUAUAUAUAAUAUAUAUAUUCCCCUUUUAUCUUCCUUAUAAAAAUAUGCUUAUGCAUAUGUGAUAAUACUAAUUAGAGUGACCCACUAAUGGAGAAGAAACCAAAAAUAACAGAAAUAACAAGAGGAGAGCUGAAGGCCAGGACACAAGAGCCAAGUGAGGUGUUCCCCAGAGAAAGAGUGGUGACCAUUAGCAGUAUCAGGAAAUGAGAGAGCAAGGGAUAGCAUGGUGGGUGUGAGGAACAGGACUAGACUGAGUGCCAGGCAGAGCAUUUAGGAGACGUGAGUUGGUAGGUAUUAGAACAAAGUAGUGACUAUGAAGGGUCAGGUGACUAGAGUGGUUUUAUCUUGAACCAGGGCUUUGUAAUUAUUUGAGAAUUGGAGAGUCUAAGUGGAACUCUGAAAGAGAGCAGUCAUCAUUUACUCUGAUAACUGACACUGGUCAUUCGGCCCUGCCUAUCUGUACAAUCAAACUCAAUUGUCCAAUAUUUCUCAUACCCUGAACAGACUGUAUACGAAUUUACAGGCAUCAUCAGAUGAGAAAGUUACUGAAUGGGACAAUGUUCAGGCAAGGAGAAUUUCAACCUGGUAUCUUUCCUUGGUGGGAGUAGCUUUUGAGAUGCACAGAGGGGAUCAGUGGUUCUCAAGUGGGGUGAUUUUGCUCCCCAGAGGACGUUUGGCAAUGUCCGGAGACAUUUUGGUUGUCCCAACUGGGAGGAAAAUACUGGCAUCUGUAGGACUAGGGAUGUGGCUAAAUAUCUGACAAGACACAGCUCCCUCACGACAAAGAAUUUUCUGGCCCCCAGUAUCAGUAGUGCCAUGGUUGAGAAACCCUGCCCAUGGAUAUUCAGAACACCAGUCACCUGGGGCCAUUUAAAGCAGGCAUUUCAGUGUGGUGUGGGCAGUGGCAGUGCAUCCCCAGGGGAACCAGACGCUGCUAGAAACCUUUAGUUUGAUGAGCUGUUUCAGAAGAGGCAGUGUGGUCUAGUGGAGGGAGCACAGACAUGGGUUUGAAUCCCAGUAUGACGUACUGACUUUGGAACCUGGAACAAAUUGUAUCUCCUCUGAUCCUUAAUUUACAACUUAUUUUCCUCAUUAAUAAAAGUUUGAACAGCACUGGAGGCUAUGACUUCCCCAGAGGGGCAUCCUGAACAGUAGUGGGAUGCCUUGAAGUGGGAAGCCCACCCACCGCAUCCCUGAAAAGACUUCAAUCAGAGCUCUAACCUGGUUUGACACUUCACACUCCCAGCUACCUACACAUUUAACUUUUUGAAAGCAGGGAACUAUGUUUUUGUAUCCUCUCACCUCCAAUCCAGACAGACCCAGAUUUACAUAUAUAUUUUUGUUCAAUCAAUGCUUGAAUUAGUCCAAGUUCAUGAUUUUCUAGUUUUGUUGUUGAAACCUAUAAUCAUCACAGGAGCAGAGUAUAUGUAACUUUCUUUCCCGCUUUUCUUUCUGUUCUAGAUAAACCCAUAAACUAGACACUGCAGAAAAAACUCAGGUUAAACUAUAUUUUGCUUGGGCACAGUAUCCAUUUAUUUCAAAUUAAACUUGGUGGCUGGUUUCUAUUUAAAUAUUUUAACGAUUCCCAUUUGAAAUGCUGUUUGCCAGAAGGUGGUGCUUCAUGUUACAUCUAAAUGUAGUU